CUCUUGCGGUUAUUCAGUGGGCCAAGCUUAUUAGCGAGGGAAAACUUUCUGUUGUUGUUGUCCCGCGAGAAUGGCGACGGAGACGAGCAGAGAGGAGAGGCGGAGGAAGAUCGUGGACAGAGGAUCGGAUCGCUUGGCUCUCAUCACCGGUCGCACUCCAUCUCCUCCCCACGAUCAAUUCGCCGGCGGCAUUGUGGGUGGCGAUCAUGCCGUCAGUUCUAGAUCCUCCAAAGAAUAUGUUAAUGCUGAGGCUUCAGCUAAAGAGCUUCCUCAUGUUGGAGAAUCCUUUGCUGAGACCAACUUACGCAAGUCUGAGAUUAGCGGGCACCACAUACAAGCACCAUUGAUGCAAAGAAUCCCUACAGGUUCACAAUCUUCGUCCAGUUCAAAGCAGAAGAACCAGCCUCGUUUUUUCAGUUCAAAAAGGCUGAACUCAUGCGUUAUAGAAUCAGAGAACACACGCGCUUGCUGUGCUCUUAUCAUUGCGGUCUUGGUAGUUCUAUCUUGCAGUGGUUAUCCAAUUGUAGCAAAGUCAGACAGUGUGAUAUCCUCAAGGCCUUUGUACAUACUACUGGUGACAGAUGCCACAAUUGUGCUUGUCCGAAUGUACCUUGACAUGCAAAGAAAUGCUGAGGAGAGUGUGGAUGAAAGCGGGGAAUCUCAGGAGGAUAGUGAUAACUGGGGAGGAGCAGUUAAAGUUUUGGAGAGAGGGUUGGCGGUGUAUCAGACUGUGCGUGGAGUUUUUAUAGAUUGCAGUGUUUACAUGGCGAUAGUUAUUUGCUGCCUCUCCGUAGUGUAGUCUUCUCAAGCAACUACUUGAAGUUGAAACCGUGCUUGUAGGCUAACAUUCAAGGGCUUCUAGCAGUAAGUUUUUUUUUUUUUUUACUCCAGGCAUUUGUAUAGUCUUUCGCUGACUCGUUUUGCGUAUGGGAUGAGCUUGACCAUAUUGAUGAAGUGAUAAUCAUGAGAUGCUUUGUGAUUA